UCGGUCUGUUCGGUCCGGUGUUGUGUAUUACCGGUUCGGUUUGUAAACAUGCUAAAUUGAUAACCAAACCAAUAAUAAAUUAGUUUUCGGUUUAACCAAUGAGGAAAUGCUCUAAUUUUUUUGUUUUCUCUUUAUUUUCAUUUGUUUAUAUAUACACUGCGUUCAUGCAUAAAGUCUACACAAAUUACAAGCAGAAGCAAAUUCAAAGACGUUAUUGCUAAAACAAACUUGUUUUUUUUUUUUGGUUGAGAGAGGCAGCGUGCAGAGAGUCGAGAGCCCUAGUUUGAGAGAACCAAAGAGUGAUCCUAGAACGAAAGUAAGAAUUUAGGAAAUUCAGUUUGUAAUUAAAAUUUAGGAAAUCGAGUUUGUAUUUAAAAUCUAAAGCCGCUAAUAUAAUUAGGGAUAAAAAGUUACUAUUAAUAUAAUCUUAUUGGGUUAUCGGUUUAACCAUUAACUAAAAUUUCAAAACCGGAAACCGAACCAAUAGUCCAAUUAAAAAAAAUUACAAAACCGUUUAAAGCCCGUUAACCCAAUAACCCGAUACCGAUAAACCGAUUUUUGGACACCCCUAGUUGCUUCUCCUAAAAAGCUAAUUUGUUUUGUCUCCCUAACAAGUCCCGCAGGGUAUAAUCUAUGUUACACAGACUCGGUUAUGGUUAAGUCUAUUGAUACUACAAUAUGUGUAGUUUUUUCUUUAUGACUAUUUUCAUUGUAUUCUGAAAAAUCCUCAUGAAGUACCUUUAAAUAUGGAUAUAUCAAGGCAAAUGAAGGAUCUAUGUACCUAUAGUUGAUAUUCACAGAAUUUGAUAAAUUGAAGCCUGCUGUCCUGUAACAAUGCUUGUGUUGCUCGCAGUGAUUGUGCAUUAUUGACCGCAUAUAGCAUGUGAAGAUGGUGUUAUCAUCAGUAAUCCGACUUUUCUAGAAUUGGGAAAUGCCCGAGAUAACAAACAUAGCAAAAGAAAUAUCUGAAAAUGGGACAGAUUCAUCUCAGGAUGAUAUUGGCACUGUCGAGGAGAUUCCUGAGGACACAAUCUUAUCACGACAAACGUCUGUGAACCUUGUCCCUUUCAUUGGCCAGAGAUUUGUAUCACAGGAUGCUGCAUAUGAAUUUUACUGUAGCUUUGCAAAACAAUGUGGCUUCUCAAUCAGACGUCAUCGUACACGGGGGAAGGAUGGAGUUGGUAGGGGAAUUACAAGAAGAGAUUUUACAUGCCAUCGUGGUGGCUAUCCACAGCUAAAGCCUUCAGAAGAUGGCAAGCUGCAAAGGAAUCGUAAAUCAUCACGUUGUGGAUGCCAGGCAUUCAUGAGAAUUGUUAAAAGAGCAGAUGUUAAUGUCCCCGAAUGGCGGAUUACAGGUUUCAGCAAUGUUCAUAACCAUGAACUUUUAAAGUCAACUGAGUUGCAGCUUAUUCCUGCCUACUGCACCAUGUCUCCUGAUGACAAGAGUCGCAUUUGCAUGUUUGCGAAAGCUGGGAUGUCAGUUCGGCAAAUGCUGAGGUUGAUGGAGCUAGAGAAGGGAGUUAAGUUGGGUUGUUUACCCUUCACAGAGGUUGAUGUCAGAAACUUGCUACAAUCUUUUAGGAAUGUGGACCAGGAUAAUGACCCUAUUGACCUUCUCAAAAUGUGCAAGGAGAUGAAAGACAAAGACCCUAACUUCAAAUAUGACUACAAGAUAGAUUGUAAUAACAGGUUGGAGCAUAUUGCUUGGUCUUAUGCUUCAUCGAUGAGGUUGUUUGAGGCGUUUGGUGAUGCCAUAGUAUUUGACACUACUCACCGCUUAGAUGCCUAUGAUAUGCUUCUUGGGAUAUGGAUCGGAGUGGAUAACCAUGGAAGUCAUUGUUUCUUUGGUUGUGUACUCCUUCGAGAUGAAAAUUUGCAGUCUUUCUCCUGGGCAUUGAAGACAUUCUUGGGCUUCAUGAAUGGCAAGGCUCCAGGAACCAUUUUGACUGAUCAAAGUUUGUGGCUCAAAGAAGCAAUUGCCACUGAAAUGCCAAGAGUAAAACAUGCAUUUUGCAUUUGGAAUAUAAUUUCGAGGUUUUCAGAUUGGUUUUCAACACUUCUCGGAUCCCAAUAUGGUAAUUGGAAGGCAGAGUUCCAUCGCCUCUACAAUUUACAUUCGAUUGAGGAAUACGAAGUGGGAUGGAAUGAGAUGGUUGAAACCUACCGGCUGGAUGGAAAUAAACACAUUGUCAGUCUAUAUGCUUUACGUUCAUACUGGGCGCUACCUUUUUUGAGAUCUUUCUUCUUUGCUGGAAUGACAAGUACAAUUCAGUCAGAAACAAUAAAUACUUAUAUCCAGAGGUUUUUGAGUGCUCAAUCUGCACUUGAUAAUUUUGUGGAGCAGGUUGCUCGGGUUGUAGAUGCUAAAGAUCAAGCAGGAGCAAAACAUAAGGUACAGAGAAACGUUCAGAAGGUUCCCCUGAAAACAGGUUCACCAAUAGAGUCUCAUGCUGCAACUGUUCUUACACCAUAUGCCUUCUCAAAACUACAAGAGGAGCUUGUUUUGGCACCACAGUAUGCAUCACUGAUGGUAGAUGAAAGUUACUUCGUCGUGAGACACCAUAAGGAAAUAGAUGGGGCUUACAAAGUACUCUGGGUUCCGCAUGAUGAGUUCAUUAGCUGUAGCUGCCAUAAUUUUGAGUUUACUGGUAUUCUCUGUAGGCACGUGCUUCGUGUUCUGUCAACUAACAACUGUUUUCACAUUCCAGACCAAUAUCUGCCCAUUCGCUGGCGUGAGUUGACCUCAUCUUUGGCUAAGCCCACCCUUUUUACUCUACCAAGUGAUAAUAUGGGAAAAGUUCAGUUAUUGCAGUCCAUGAUUUCGACACUGAUUACUGAAUCAGUUGAAACCGAAGAACGCCUCAAUGUUGUUUGUGAUGAAGUUUCUACAGUUAUAUCUCGCAUUAAGGGGUUUCCUACAGCAUCCAAUGGGGGUAAUGCUAUUGCAUAUGAGAGCCCAUCAGACUCCCUGAUUCUUGCAGAGGUUGAGGAUUCUGAAGGCAUUGGUCAGAGUUUCACUGGCAACCCUCAUGAGUGUAUAAAUUCUGGAAAGUUGAAAGAAAGAGGAUCCAGAGAUGGACUGUAUCUUUACGGGAAGAGGAGGCGUUUUUCCAUUCCAUGUUGUGGGCAGUAUGACCAUGAUGCAAAUGAUUGUCCAAUGAUGGAAGAUGAAGAUUUGAAUGGAGAUAGACUUGGCUUUUUAUAGUAGAAAUGUUAUGAAAUGGAGCUAGCCCUUCGAGGAAGUAGGAAUAUGUACCAUCUACUCUGUUCAUAGGCUGACAGUUUCUCCUCUAAAUGCAAAUCUUUUACACCUUUAAACUUUUGUCACCCAGAAAAUCAACUCCGACAUGGACGGAACACACUUUCUGACCAAAAUUCUUCUUUGUAACAAAUGAAGGUCUUUUUUUCAGGAACCAAUCAAUGACGCGUUAUUAUUUCUGUACUACCAACCUCAACUCCUAAAAGAAAUAAAAAGAAGCAUUUAAGAUGUAGCACUAUGAUUCUCACGCCCCAACGGGAAUACAAAGAGCAAGGUUAGAUGAUAUAAUUUUGGUUUUUAGUUGAAAUCCAACUGCUGCAAGAUACAUGUGAUUUUUUCCUCUUCAUCCUGUGACCAUGGCAUUUUGUGUGUCUUUCUGAAAAUGUUCAAUGGUACAAGUUGACUAAUGUGUGAAAACACAGGUCUAAAUUCCUCGAGUUUUGAGAUCUAUUCUAAGGCAUAUCAAGUGUAGAUUUUGAUUUAAUACUUGUAUUCGGUUCAAACAACAUUAUAUUUACAAGACUAGCUAUAGGACACAAUACUAAUGGUUAAACUGGUACUUGGGAUGCCAUAAUGUGAUGAAAUGGAACAUAAAAUUCUAGUAAUUUUGAGCUUCAUCAGCUAAGGAAACUUUGCUUAGCCUGC